UACUAUCUAUAGUGUGUGUGUGUAUAUAUCAUCAGAGAAAUAAUCAAUCCAAAGAAACUGGCCUAUAUAUAAGUCCUAUUUAUAUAUUUGUGGUCAUUAUUUUCUCGAAAAACCAGUUGCCUUCCUUAAAAAGAUGGAACCUCGGAGAAAAUACUCGACGGCCCUCCACACGUGUCAUCCCUGCCGGCGCGCCAUUCCAUACAGAAUCUACGCCGUAAUCCACACGUGUGGCAUCAUAGCCCUCAUGUAUCACCAUGUACUCUCAAUUCUCACAGCAAACAACACUCUUAUAACAUGUCUUCUUCUCCUCUCCGAUAUUGUUCUCGCCUUCAUGUGGGUAACCACAACUUCCCUCCGGUUAAACCCGGUUCACCGGACGGAGUACCCUGAGAAAUAUGCAGCUAAACCGGAGGAUUUUCCGAAGCUGGACGUGUUUAUAUGCACGGCUGAUCCGUACAAGGAGCCUCCGAUGAUGGUGGUUAACACCGCCUUAUCUGUGAUGGCCUAUGAAUAUGCGUCCGAUAAGAUCUCAGUCUAUGUAUCGGACGAUGGAGGAUCUUCAUUGACUUUGUUUGCUCUUAUGGAGGCUGCCAAGUUCUCUAAGCGUUGGUUGCCCUUUUGCAAGAAUAACAAUGUUCAAGAUCGGUCCCCUGAAGUUUAUUUCUCAUCUGAGUCACAGUCUCAGAGUGAGGAAGCUGAAAACCUUAAGCUGAUGUACGAAGACAUGAAGAGUAGAGUAGAAAAUGUGGCCGAGAGUGGAAAAGUUGAGACUGCAUUUAUCACAUGCGAUCAAUUUCGUGGGGUUUUCGAUUUGUGGACAGAUAAAUUCACUCGUCAUGACCAUCCCACAAUUAUUCAGGUGCUACAACACAACGAAACAGAUGAGAUGAUGCCAAACCUAAUCUAUGUUUCAAGAGAGAAGAGUAAAGUUUCACCACAUCAUUAUAAAGCCGGUGCUCUUAAUACUUUGUUACGAGUAUCUGCCGUGAUGACAAACUCACCAAUCAUUCUAACACUAGAUUGUGACAUGUACUCAAACAAUCCUACAACACCACUUCAUGCUCUAUGCUAUUUGUCAGAUCCUAAAAUCAAUUUUGGUUUAGGAUUUGUGCAAUUUCCUCAAAAAUUUCAAGGAAUAAACAAAAAUGAUAUUUAUGCAUCGGAGCUCAAACGCCCAUUUGACAUCAACACGAUUGGGUUUGAUGGACUUACGGGCCCAGUUCAUAUGGGAACUGGGUGUUUCUUCAAUCGACGGGCAUUUUAUGGGCCUCCCGCUAGUUUGAUUUUGCCUGAGAUAGAAAAACUUGGACCAAAUCGGAUUGUCGAUAUGUCCAUUAAGAACCAAGAUAUUUUGGCGUUGGCACACGAUGUAGCAGGAUGUAACUACGAGCGCAACACCAAUUGGGGAUCCAAGAUAGGGUUCAGGUACGGCUCAUUAGUAGAAGACUACUACACAGGAUUUAUGCUCCAUUGUGAAGGAUGGAGAUCAGUAUUUUGCAGCCCUAAAAAGGCUGCAUUUUAUGGAGAGUCCCCAAAAUGCCUAACUGAUAUAAUAGGCCAACAAAUCCGAUGGUCCGUUGGACUUCUUGAAGUAACUUUUUCAAGGUACAACCCAAUUACCUAUGGAUUGAAGUCACUGAGCCUAUUAAUGAGCUUAGGCUAUUGCCACUAUGCAUUUUGGCCGUUUUGGUCAAUUCCUCUCGUCGUCUAUGGACUUUUACCCCAAGUUGCCCUCAUACAUGGAUUUAGCGUCUUCCCCAAGGCAUCGGAUCCGUGGUUUUGGCUUUACAUCAGCUUGUUUCUCGGUGGAUACGGGCAAGAUCUAUCAGACUUUUUAUUAGAAGGAGGAACUUAUCGGAAAUGGUGGAACGAUCAAAGGAUGUGGAUGGUAAGAGGACUUUCUUCUUUCUUCUUUGGUUUUACAGAGUUCACUCUCAAAACCCUAAACCUCUCGACUCAAGGAUUCAACGUCACCAGUAAAGCCAACGACGAUAAUGAACAAAUGAAGCGGUACGAGCAAGAGAUCUUUGAUUUCGGGCCCUCUUCGUCCAUGUUCUUGCCCAUGACUACGGUCGCCAUAGUGAAUCUACUUGCUUUUGUAUGGGGAAUUUAUGUUAUUUUCACUUGGGGAGAAGGACCCGUCCUUGAACUGAUGCUGGCGAGUUUCGUGGUGGUAAAUUGCUUACCGAUCUAUGAAGCCAUGGUGUUGAGGAUCGAUGACGGAAAAUUAACAUCAAGGAUUUGUUUCUUAGCUGGGCUCCUCACUUUUGUUCUUACAGGGUCAUGCUACUUCCUCCUCAAGUAACUUCACCAUUAGGUCAUUAUCAAAAAACUAAAACGCUUCACCAUUAGCCAUUAGGGUUAAUUUUCAACAAUAAUGCUAUGAAUGCAUCUUGCUUAAACUGAAGCAAGAGAGAGCAAUGUGAUGAAUUCUUCUUAAUAUUUAGUUUUUGUCUACAAUUAGCGCACCACUACCAUAUUUGAAUCUAGGUUAUGAUUGGUCA